AUGGGCGCAUCCCUGGCGACUAUCCCUGGCUUGCAAGCCCAAAACACCAACGGGAUGAAGUCCGGCUUCGGACGUCGUGGUCUCGGUGGAUCUCCGCGAGUCGUUGCUCUAGUUCACGAUGCAGCGGUACGACUGUAUAUGCGCUGCGGACAAUUACCGGGAGUUUUCCCUUCUGCCUCUUGGCUCUGGAGUCUGGAGACCUUCAACCAGGGCUCUGGGGUGUACUACUUUUUUUCUUCGAGAACCCUUUUGGUGUUCUUUAACUCCGGUGCUCCUAGAAUAGAGCCUACGAGAGUCAGGAGUUGA